UUUUGUUUUUUUUUUCCGGCAACACACUUUACAUUAGAUUAAAAAAGUAAAUUGCUGUUUAACUGGAGAAAAGGGUCAUGGUAAAGCAGUUGGAAGAAUUCCUUGUUGAUAGUUGAUGAGCGAAAUCUGAUGCAAAUUUCUCAAAAUCUGAAAAGCAAGAGAAAACCCCUUCGACGUCCAAACUCCCAGUCUCCCACGCUGCACCCCUCCCUUCCCCCUCUUCUUGUCGGCCAAUUUGGAUGCUACUACAAUUUUGCCGAAUCCCAUUAACCCCUUAAUUUCUUUUCUUUUUCUUUGUUGUUGGAUUUUUCUUUUUCUUUUUCCUUUUCAUUUUUAUCAAUUGCAGGUAGAAGGAGGAGGAGAAGGAUUCGAGCCCCUGAUUGGAGACAUGGGUUCUUCCUCUAAGAGGAAAUCUGCCAAAAAGAAAAGUUCCAAACUUUCUUCUCAGGCUCGCAAGAUGAAGAAGAGUGGGAGGACUAAAUCCAAGAAACUUGGUCGCCGUCAUGAUUCCAGUACUGAUGAUUCCAUGAGUUCAGAUUCCAUUUCCUCACCUGGUAAUGAUUCUUAUGCUUCAAAUUAUGAUGAUGACUCCAUGAGUUCCGCAUCUAUAUCUCGGUCCAGUUCAGAGGAUGCUUACAGGAGAAGGAAAAACAAAUCGCGCUCACGAGGUAAACUAAAGAAGACCAGAAAGCGAGCUCGAAGGAGAUCUUCCAGCAGAGACAAUCGUAAGAAAUUAGCUCCCAUGAAAAAAAGAAAAAGGUCAAGAAAGGAUAGUGAUUCUAAGACAAGAAAGAAAUACGGCAGAAAGAAACGUAGGAGGGAUUCAAGUGCUAGUCCCACAAGCAGCAAUUCACACAGCUGCUCUACUUGCAAAGGUGGUAAUAGUGACAGUGAGGAGAGCGAACGUGAGAGCGUUAGGAGCAGGCCUAGAGAAAAUAAGAGAGAUAAGAGAGAUUUAAGCAAGGACAAACGUAGAAUCAAACUUAGCUUCCGUAGGUCCCCAAGUCAUUCUUCACACAGUAGGUCUAAGGAUCAAAGUGGUAGUGUUAGUUACAGUGAGGAAAAGUUUCUGAAUGAGAACAAUUCCCGGCGUUUGAGAUCUGUUAUAACAUUUGUUGAGCAGAGGAGUGAGGGAGAAGGGAACGAAUGGAAGAAGGAUCUACAGAAUGAAGAAAUUGUCUAUGAUAAUGACGAUUAUCCUUCCAGAAGCAGUAGUGGUGGGGGAAGCAAAAAGGAAUCAACUCCUCGUUCACCUAUUGCAUUUGAUGUUGAGAAACGGACAGAAAGUCCUAUAUUUGUUUCUGAGCAUGAGGUGACUGAACUUUCAGGAAGUGUAAAUGAUGCGCAUGACAUGAAUGAGUUUGCGACACGCAGUUCUGCAAAGGAAAAUGGGAAUUACACUCCCCUUGUGGGUGCUGGUUCAGGGGGUGAUGAUCUGGAAGCAAUUUUGAGGCAGAAAGCUUUGCAGAAUUUGAACAAGUUCCGAGGAGGACAUAAAAGUAAUACAAAGCCUACUUUGGAUCAGAAAAAUAAGGAUGAUGGCAAUGUUAAUGCAUCAUCCACUUCCACAGCAGCGGUUGAAAGGGUUGUCCUUGACAGCGGACACACUGAAAAGGUUUAUGGAAUUGUGAAACAGAAUAAUGAUCAUCCAGCUGAUGGGUCGGGACUCUCUGGGAAUCCCAAGGAGGACGGCCUGAAUAGUGGAAAUCCUGUUGUUGGUAAAUCUGUAUCUGGAACCUCACCAUUUAGGGGAAGAUCUUCAGGCUUGGACAUGCGGCAUCAAGCCACAGCAUCAGGAGCAUCUCCAGAUAAAAUUCUGAGAGAAAUUAAGAGUGAAGGGAAGACUACAGCUACAGUACAAACUACAUCCGUGGCUGGAAACUCGUCAUUUUGGGAAAGUUCUUCAGGCUUGGACACACCCAAUAAAACUACGACAUCAGUUGCAUCUCCAGAAAAAUUUCUGAUGGAAACUGAAAGCGACAGGAAGACUGAGCUUAAAAUAACUCAACCAUUGUCUCCUAGCGUGGGCAUUAAUAAAGGUUCUGCUUGUAGCUCUGCGACUGUAGAACCAGCUUUAUCUGCUACUUCAGGAGGGCAAAGUUUGAACAAUCAGAAAGAUGAAGCUAAGGAUGGCGGACAGUAUCAGCAGAAGACGAUGUCUGUGAUGAGAAGCGGGGAAAUGGUACAGGUAAACUACAAGGUCUACAUUCCUCAAAGAGCUCCCGCUCUUGCCAGGAGACAACUCAAGCGGUGA